GCAGCUGCCGCCUGCCUGGCCUCCAGGCGCGUGCGUAGAGACGCCCACAGGCCCGGUGAUGCGCACGCGCCCUGGGCCGCGCGUGCGCGCGUGGGGUCCCUGAAUGAGCCGGGGUAAGCAAGGGGAAGGGUUGGGGUUGGCUCCCGGUUUCGCGCAUGCGUGCGCUGCACAAACCAUUUGGCGGGUUUUUCCCGGCCACUCUGUUCUGCCACCGUCACUGAGAAACUCAGCGGUAGCUUUUAGGAAGCAGGACGUUCUCUCCAGGAAAGCGUCCUCUUGAGAUUUCUGCUCCCUCCAUUCAGGGCGUUUGGGGGCCACCCCAUCAUUUUUUAAAAAACGUAUUUCUCUGUGACCGACGGCUGGGGCCUUCUGACGGUCUGAGGUCUUGCUUGGGCCAGUCACCUCCUGUCACGGUCCGCAGAGGGUGGAAGGAUAAGAGGGAAAGGUGCUCAUCGCUCGCCAGGCCCGUGGGUUUCUUGGGCACAGGUCGGAGCUGGGUGGGCCGGCUCCCCGGCCCCUGGCUUGGGCGACCAUGUCCGCAUCCCCGCAGCAGCUGGCGGAGGAGCUGCAGAUCUUCGGCCUAGACUGCGAGGAGGCUCUAAUUGAGAAAUUGGUAGAGCUUUGUGUUCAGUAUGGACAGAAUGAGGAGGGAAUGGUAGGCGAGCUUAUAGCCUUCUGCACCAGCACACAUAAAGUUGGCCUUACCUCAGAGAUCCUGAACUCUUUUGAGCAUGAGUUUCUGAGCAAAAGAUUAUCAAAAGCCCGGCAUAGUGCCUGCAAGGACAGUGGCCAUGCGGGAGCUAGAGACAUUGUUUCCAUUCAAGAGCUAAUUGAAGUGGAAGAAGAAGAGGAAAUCCUCCUGAACUCUUACACCACACCCUCAAAGGGUUCUCAGAAGCGAACUAUCUCCACCCCAGAAACCCCCCUAACAAAAAGAAGUGUGUCAACUCGUAGCCCCCAUCAGCUCCUCUCACCAUCAAGUUUCUCUCCAAGUGCUACUCCCUCCCAGAAAUACAACUCAAGAAGUAACCGAGGAGAAGUGGUUACCUCCUUCGGCUCAGCACAGGGAGUAUCUUGGUCUGGGAGAGGAGGAGCUGGAAACAUCAGCCUGAAGGUCUUGGGGUGUCCAGAGGUACUAACAGGGAGCUACAAAUCCAUGUUUCAGAAGCUCCCAGACAUUCGAGAAGUUCUGACCUGUAAGAUAGAAGAACUUGGCAGCGAACUCAAGGAACAUUACAAGAUUGAAGCUUUCACUCCUUUGCUAGCCCCAGCACAGGAGACUGUCACUCUGCUGGGCCAGAUUGGCUGUGAUAGCAACGGGAAACUGAACAACAAGUCAGUGAUUCUCGAGGGAGACCGGGAACAUUCCUCGGGUGCUCAAAUCCCAGUGGAUUUAUCUGAGCUUAAGGAAUAUUCUCUGUUUCCCGGACAGGUUGUAAUUAUGGAAGGAAUCAACACCACUGGUAGGAAACUUGUUGCCACCAAACUCUAUGAGGGUGUGCCACUUCCAUUUUAUCAGCCCACUGAAGAGGAUGGAGAUUUUGAGCAAAGCAUGGUCCUGGUUGCCUGUGGGCCAUACACCACGUCUGACAGCAUCACGUAUGACCCCCUGCUCGACCUGAUUGCUGUCAUCAACCAUGACCGGCCAGAUGUCUGCAUCCUGUUUGGCCCUUUCCUGGAUGCUAAGCAUGAACAGGUGGAGAACUGUCUACUGACAAGUCCAUUUGAAGACAUUUUCAAGCAGUGCCUACGUACAAUUAUUGAAGGCACAAGAAGCUCCGGCUCCCACCUUGUCUUUGUCCCAUCGUUGAGAGAUGUGCACCAUGAGCCUGUGUACCCCCAGCCACCUUUCAGCUACUCUGAUCUGUCUCGAGAGGACAAAAAGCAAGUACAGUUUGUGUCCGAGCCCUGCAGCCUCUCCAUAAACGGAGUGAUCUUUGGCCUGACGUCUACGGAUCUGCUGUUCCACCUGGGGGCCGAGGAGAUCAGUAGUUCUUCUGGAACUUCAGACAGAUUCAGCCGAAUACUCAAGCACAUCCUGACCCAGAGGAGCUACUACCCACUCUACCCACCCCAAGAAGACAUGGCUAUUGACUAUGAGACGUUCUAUGUCUACGCACAGCUGCCUGUCACCCCAGAUGUCCUCAUCAUCCCAUCAGAGCUGAGGUACUUUGUGAAGGAUGUCCUCGGCUGUGUCUGUGUGAACCCCGGGCGCCUUACCAAAGGGCAGGUGGGAGGCACCUUCGCCCGACUCUACCUCAGGAGGCCAGUUGUGGAUGGAGUGGAGAGGCAGAGUCCGUGCGUUGCCGCGCAGGUUGUCAGGAUCUGAGGCUUCUGUCCUCUGCUGUGUGGGCCCUUAAAGUCUUAGCCAAGAGCCAAGACGUAGCCCUGUGACAAGGUGAACAGUUGGGUAGGAAAGGAGAGGAGCCAGCCAGGGAGGGGCAGCUGCAGGGACCAGGCCCAGCAGGGAGGGCUCAUGCAGCCGGGCCUGCCUGUGAGUGGAGCCUCUCCUGGAAGGAGGCUAUUGCUUCUCAGUCCAUGCUCCAUGUACAGAAGUAAGCCAGCUGUGGAUCCCGCCCACUCAGAAAAGGCGAUAAGGCUUUGUGAUUUUCUGCAUGUAUCAAACGCAGAAACAACUUUUGGAGAAAUUAAAUUCUGAGUGUGACUUCUGAGUUUGACCUUUCUUCUAUUUUCUUUAUCCUGGUAGUAGACAGAGAAUGUUGCCUAUUUGACCUAUGACCAGAGAAGGCAGAGUGUCGGUCACACUGGGUUUCUGUCCAGCCCCAGUCUUGUCCAGUGGGUAACUCUCAGCCCCACCCCUCAUCCCCCAAAGGCCCCAGCGACCUCUGCUGCAGAGGUGCACUGGGCGGGCCCUAGAGCUGAGCUGCAGAGCAAGCAGCUGGCCGCAUGCCUGGGCCUCCCUGCGCAGUUCCUCACAUGCAUGCUGUGGUCCCAGCCUGACCUCUCCAUCUAGAGGGGGUGGCCUUGCCGGGCUGUUCCAAAGCUGGAGUCCUGGUGGCAGCUGCUUUGCCAAGUUGCGCAGUAGCCAGGGCUUGCCUGCAGCCCAGAACACUCAGACAGGGUCAGGCCUUCCAAGGUUCACAGCACAUCCCAUGCCCCUGUGUCCUGGCAUCUGGGGAAAAGCUGUCACUGGCCAGACGUGGAGUGGCUUCCUGCCCUAAGCUGGCAGGCUGUCCUGCCUCACAUGCCAAAGCCAAGACCGGCAAACCCCAGCUGUCAGGGCAGGGAAGUAGGCAAGGGGGCAGCGAGCUGCUGGUGUCUGUGCCUUGACUCAGAGAUAAAUAGGUGACCUGACAGUGGCCAGCUUUUGCCUCUCACCUUUCUGACAGUGAAAUGGAGUUGAGCUCCAGAUCUGACCAGCUUACAGUAAAAGUCUCCCUUUAAA